UUGGCUAAAUUGUCUGACGAUCGCAAGUAAACAAUUUAAUAUUCUAAUAUGGAUCGCUGGCAAAAUCGCGUUGCUGUUGUCACCGGUGCCAGUUCGGGUAUUGGCGCUGCUUGUGCCGUAUAUCUCGCGAAUAAUGGCAUGAUCACAGUGGGUCUGGCGCGACGCAAGGAACGCAUGGAAGCACUGCGUGAACAAGUGCAACCGGAGGCACGUGAUCGUCUGCAUGCCAUAAAAUGUGAUAUACGCGAUCAACAACAGAUCAUCGCUGCAUUCAAAGAGAUCGAAACUAAAUUUGGUCCAGUAGCUGUGCUGGUGAAUAAUGCAGCUGUGGUGCGUACCACGAAUUUGGUGAAUGAUAAUAACGAGCAGGACAUAAAGGAUGUAAUUGAAACGAAUAUCUUCGGUGUUGUGAAUUGUACAAGAGAGGCUUUUCGUUCGAUGAAAGCCAACGGCGGUGAUGGACAUGUCUUUCUUAUUAACAGUAUUACGGGACAUCAUGUGUAUAGAAUACCGAAUCAUUCGCUGAAUAUUUAUCCACCGACAAAAUUUGCAAUGACCGCCAUGGCGGAGGUCUAUCGGCAGGAGUUCUCCACACAGGAGACAAACAUUAAAAUCACGAAUAUCAGUCCCGGUGCAGUCGAUACUGAAAUCAUAACCCCACGUAUGAAGGCUGCCUUAGGCGAUUCGCCAUUUUUACAAUCUGAAGAUGUUGCCGAUGCUUUAAUUUACUGUCUGCAGACGCCGCCACAUGUGCAGAUUCAUGAGCUGACCAUAAAACCACUUGGAGAAAUCUUCUAAAAGAAUAUAUUUAUAUGAAUUCUAAAAAUGCUUUUGGAAUAAAAAAUACGAAUAAAUUUGCGA